AUGUCAGUUCAGCCAGCUAUUGACAGUCCGGUGAGGUCUCAGAACGGUACAAUGCUGGGCAAGGUCGACUCAUCUGGCAGUAUAUCACCUCAGACACUUCGCACGGCUGCAUUCACGAGCACCGUUGAACAUGUACGGACGAGCGAUGGGCCAGCGGUGUCCAUCAAGACUGAGAUGAUCGAGAGCUACUCUGUCGAAGAAUCUGGCAGCCCUGAAGUGCAGAGGAACUCACCUGCUGAGGAAGAGAGCAAGAAAGACCCCAAGAUUGAAGGCAGAGUAUUGCGUGCAAGGAACGGUUCGGGUCAUACUCGCAAGCCAUCACUUCACAUGAAACUAGAGCCCCGUCGGAGCAACAGCAUCAAAACUGAGCAGGACGAUAUAGACGAUUUAUCGCCCUCCAGCUUGCCGCGCACGCCAAUCGCGAGCGGGAGCGCUCUGCUCGAUGAUGACGCGGAUGACUCGCCAGAUGAUUCCGUAGGCCUCUCUCGCAGGUCGCGCAAGGGCAAAAUGCCUUCGGUCACCAUCGAACGGCAGAUCGUCUGGGACUUUCCUCUCGCAGAGGCAGAGGCGCUCGAGACCUUCGAGAUCCUAGAUGACUGUAAGUAUGCGUCAAAGGCUCAUGGGGCCAGCGGGUCAAACGAAGAAGAACAAUCCUGCGAAUGCGACUAUGAGCAUGGUCUUGAUGCGCCUAGCUCAGCAUGCGGGACAAAUUGCAUCAACCGUCUCACUCAGGUCGAAUGCGUUCCCGGAUCCUGUCGAUGCGGCAAAUAUUGCACCAAUCGACGUUUCCAGCGGAAGCAGUACGCCAACAUUCAGAUCGUCGACACUGGCAUGAAAGGCUUUGGCGUUCGCGCUGCAGAAGACAUGCUCAAAGAUGCGUUCGUAUACGAAUACAUAGGCGAAGUCGUCGGAGCAGGACAAUUACAGAAACGCAUGAAAGACUACUACGAAGAAGGCAUCGAGCAUUUCUAUUUCAUGGCUUUGCAGCGAGAAGAGUUCAUCGAUGCGACGAAAAAAGGCAACAAGGGUCGGUUUCUGAAUCACUCUUGUUCGCCCAAUUGCUAUGUCUCGAAAUGGGUCGUCGGCGAGAAGAUGCGCAUGGGCAUCUUCACCAAGCGCAAGAUCCAAGCAGGCGAGGAGCUGACUUUCAACUACAACGUCGAUCGCUAUGGGCAUGAGGCCCAGCCCUGUUAUUGUGGCGAGGCCAAUUGCGUCGGCUUCAUCGGAGGCAAAACACAGACAGAUCUGGCCGGCAUGGACCAACUUUACCUCGAUGCUCUGGGUAUCUCUGAUGAAGUCGAGCAUCUUGGCCUGAAGGGUUCCAAGAAGAAACGAGGCAGCAAGCUAGACGAGGACUACAAGCCCAUCAUUCUACCGAUCCAUGAGGACGAAGUGGCGAGAGUGGCUACUGCGGUCAGGCAAGCUUCGACGAAUAAGAACAUACUGAGCAAGAUCAUCAAUCGCAUCAAGAUCACGCAAGACCAACACAUACAGCGUCAAAUCAUGCGACUGCACGGCUUCAGUCUCAUGAAUGGCGUACUGAACGAGUAUCACGACGAUCCGAAUCUCGUCAAAGAGGUUCUCGAGAUUCUGACGAGAUGGCCACUGCUCAAGCGCAAUAAAGUCGAUUCGACUAAGAUUGAUCAGACCGUGCAGCGCUUUGUCCAUUCGGAAGAUGAGACUGUGAAGAUCCUGUCGACCGAGUUGCUGUCAUCAUGGGAGGAGCUCGAGGUGGCCUACCGGAUACCCAAAGGCUUAGCAGAGUCCGCGGAUGCUCUCAUGCGUACGAGUGCCGGCGACACCGAAGUCGACCGCAAGCGAAAGAGCAUCGAGCUGGACAAGAUCUUUGCACAAGCUAAACGACAGAAAGUUCUGGCAGACACUGGCGGUGUGCCGGAAAGCUGGAAUAUGAAGAUCAGAGAGCGGACACCCGAAGCAGAUCGACGUCCCGUUGAGCGAGCAACGCCGUUGCGGAAAGGCUGGGAGUUCACAGUGAUCGAUCGAGGCGAUGACAGACCGGAAAAGCGGUACUUUUACGUCAACGAUCCCACGCAGAAGGAAUUCUCGCAGAUUCCGGCGGACGCAGCCGAAUACGAGGAACAUAUCGAAGUCAGGUUGCGGCGAGAGCGGGUAGAGGAGCAACGGAAGCGUGAGGCUGAAGAAGCCGAAAGGCGCAAUAUCAGUAACAUCAUCUCUGCAGCGCGGACGGCUAAGCAAGCAGACGAUCAGACUGCUGCUGAGAUUGCUGCUGCCACAUCGGCAGCUGAAGCCGCUGCAAAGCUCAAAGCAAAGCCUAUCAAGAUCGUCGACAAGGACACUCGUGUUCGCAAACUGCUCGGCAAUUACGUCGUCGAGCUAUUCAACAAGUAUCGAAAGAACAAGACGCUCAAGCUGAACGAUGCAGAGUUCAAAAAAUAUGCCAAGCACAUUACCGACGCCGUCUUUGCCAAAGAGAAACGAAGCGAUAAGUAUGCCACGACAGAGUAUACGAAACUACCACCUCACAAGGAGAAGAAAGUCAAGGAAUACGUACAGUCGUGGAUCAAACGAAGACACGAAGAGCAGAAAGCGCAGAAGCAUCGUGCAACGGCCGCUUCCGUCUCAUCCGCUUCUUCCGCCUCACAGCACGGCGGCGCUACGCUCGAUGAAGCUGCCGAUGCGGUGCCGGUCAUCAACGAUGCCGAAUGCGACGGCGAACCUGUCGCCGGCUCACCUGACUCUGAUCUCGACGGAGCUCAAUCAACGUUACUAGGAGGGGACGUCUCGCAGCCUGCACACGCCGACGUUGACGGGGACGACCUUGAUGGCUCGCCCGUUGGAUCCGGCUUAGAUCAGAGUCUAGCUGCCUAAAGCGCUCACUGUAGAUGAAACUGCAUCCCUUCAUGAAUCGCUCGUUACAAUCUCUGAGAAAGCUCUACUAAGCGCGCGUGACAGUGGCCAUGAUCAAGCCAGAGGGUGAUUCGACGGGCUGGAAGACCUCUGCCUCUGCUGGCUUGAGAUUAGGCAGACCCAUGAAGUCAA